AAACCCACCAUAAAAUACCAAAAUAAAACCAAUUCUCUCUCUCUCCCUCUCUCUCUCUCUCUCUGGUUUACGAUCUCUCCGCCAAUGUAACCACAAUUGGAACAUUCAUGGCCUUGCCUUGAUCUCUUUCGCACGUUUCACUUCUCAAGUACUCUCUUUUCUCUUCGGAAAUGGACGAAGAACUGCUAAAAAGGAACACCGACUGUGUGUACUUCCUGGCCUCACCUCUCACCUGGGAUUGAUUGUGAGUACCGCCACAGCGAGAUUGCAAGGCUCAACCCAAGAGAUUGCUGGUAUUGGUUGUCUGGGAACUGUCUCAACUCUACCUGUGCUUUUAGACACCCUCCAUUGGAUGGGCAUGCUGGAGUACCAUCUGAGUCUGCAGAGUGUUCCACACCUGCGAACAAGACCAGUGUUCCAUGUUACUUUUACUUCAACGGAUUCUGUAAUAAAGGUGACAGAUGCUCUUUUAUGCAUAGUUCAGACGGCAAUGCACCUGCUGAGAAAUCUAUAAAGCUUGCCUCUGUGGGCACUGAUGCACCAUUGUUGGAAAACAAGACAUCUGCUGGAUGUGAGACAGGUUCAGCACUGGCAGAAACUUGUUUGAAUUCAUCUGAAAGCGCUGCUAAAGUAGCAACCAAUUUGAAUUGUCUGCCCAAGGAAGAACUUCAGCACCUAGUACCUAAGAAUGCUUUCCAGCGAAGUGCCUCUCCGCAAAUUGCUGUUUGUGAGUAUGAUGAAGCUGCUAUGAUUAGGUUGGAGUCCUUGCUUCCCAUGGAAGGUUUUACCCAUGGCAGAUCUCCUCUAUGCACAGAUCAGAGUUCAGAGGAACAAGUGGAAGGCUAUAUUGAGCCAGAGGAGCGAUGGGAAUCAUCCCCUGGCUUUGACGUUCUUGUGGGUGAUAGAUCAGAUAACGUGUAUGAGGACGAUCCAGAGUUCUUGCUAGACAUGGACAGGGAACACAGAGAGCUGAAUAGCCAUUCCUCGGUAUAUGAUUAUGAAAAUACAGUGGAGUAUGAUCCCAUGUACCCUGCUGCAGAAAUUCUAUAUGAACGUGAUGUAUACAAUAGUUUUGAUCAUCUGGAUGAUGAACAUCUUUUCUCUAAUGUCAAUAGAGUUCUUGGUCAUUCAAGAGACACAAUGUUGGAUUCUAUAUUGUCCCAGAAAAGGAAACUCAUGCCAAUGGAACUUGCAGUUGGUGAAUGUAAUGGCAUGGAUCUUCGAAACCAUCUGAGAAGACGCAGGAUGAUUAAUGAUCAUCGAAGUACUGGCUCAUCAAGAAGACCUCUCUCAUCUCAUCUUAUUGGUCGCAGCCAGGAAAGGCCUCGAAGGCAUGGAAUGGGUCCAAGGUUUCAUGGAAGAUUGGCAUCGGUGGUGGGAAAGAAUGGUAAUGAAUCAAUAGGUGAGAAUAGAGCUUUUUUAAAUGGUGCCAAACCACGUGGCUUGCUGAGGCACUCACAGCAAGAUAGGUCAGUGAAGCAUUUCAGGAAGGAAAGGCUUGCCAAACGGCAGUUCUCGAGUGAAGUUUCAAGGAAAUCAAGUACAAGAGAGAGAUGGGCUCAGGAAUCUUCAACUUUUACGGGACCCAAGACCCUUGCCCAGAUUAAAGACGAGAAAAAAUACGCUGAAGAAAAUGAGGAUUGCGUUUGGAAAGUUGGGCAUGCAAGAACUACAUCGGCUGACUUCCAGGGUCCCAAACCCUUGAGUGAAAUCCUCAAGAACAAAAGGAAGCUGGAUUCCGUCACUGAAUGUGAUACUAGUGGCAGCUAGGAAACAACCCAUUGAGGGUGAGAGGAAUAUAAUAAGUAGUAAUUUACAAAGGAAUCAUGAUCAUUUAGUUCUAACUAGUGAUGUUACAGAUCAAGAUUAUGAACGAAAAUUGUCCCGAGAAGGUAACGAUACUAUUCAAGAUACUAUUCUUUACUGUUUCAUGAUGAAGGUAACGAGGAGCUUGAGGAGAAGCUUACCUGCAUUAGUUUUCCGACCUAUAAUUCAAGAUCUCGUUUGUAGAGCCCCCAAGUACUAUUCCUAAUCACUGAAAGCAUAAUAUUGCUGGAGCAGGCUAUAGGCUGGUUUCUGCGUUGUACACCUUUUACAAAAGUCUUUGAUUACUGUUAUCAAUCAGCUUGUCUCGAUAUCUUGCUUGUACAGAGUUGCUGAAGAAUACUCACAUAUUAACUGCUCUUGCUGUGUCCAUUUUGUUGCUUAACAAUGAUGUUCCUUCUAUCUUCGUAGUUUGACCUCUUUUACGGAUUGA